ACUGUGCGUCUAUAAUAUAUAAUACAAUAUAUGUAAUUACAUUUUAACAGUAAGUAAACAAAUGUACUGUACUACGGAAUGAUAUACACACAUACUUUACUAUUGUCUACACAAGAUGGGUUUCACAUAUUUUCAUUUCAUUAUACUCUUAAUUGUUUCAUUUAUAAUGGUACAUGUUUGUAAUUGUCAGCAUUUUAUUGCCAAACAAGCGUACGCGUGUAGAAGACAAUGGGGCACAGAAAACCAGGGAAAGCUACUAUUUGGCCAACACAGUUAAGCGGCGGUCUCCAAUGUAAACAUCUCUGAAAACAUCAGCUUGCGUGUAGUCCAGUGAAAUGAGUCACUUUACAGUUGCGCAAAACAAAGCAACGGACCGAAGGCGCCGAGCAGCACAGGACCGAACUGAAAAAUGGUGAAGCAAGUGGUAACAACAUGUUUUGUUCUUUUCCAUGGCGUUAUUUUUUACUGGGCGUUUAUGACAUCUUGUAAUGUACAAUCAUCUUCAAAAAGCAUACCAACGAUUGCCAGGUAUUUUGGCACCAAAGGUCGGUAUGAGGAGGUUAACACCUACUUAAUCGAUGAUAUUUCCGCCAUAAACGAUUCACUCGUGACGCAACCAUCCUCUAAAUGCAGUGCAGUGCAUCUGACAGCAAUAAUCCGUCAUGGGACGAGAUUGCCGACCAUUAAAAACGUACAAAAGAUGCGUGAUUUCUAUAACCUCGUGCUGCGUAAUGCUUCUGGUAAUGCAAACUAUUUAUCAGAGAUAAAGUCAAAGUGGACGAUGUGGUACACCCAAGACAUGGACGGGCAACUGGUGGACAAAGGCAGAGAUGAUCAUAGUAAUUUGGCGCAGAGGUUGAUCAAAUGGUUCCCAUCUUUGCUGUCCGAGGACAAUGUGCGUAAUGGAGGCUUGAAACUGAAGACCAGCUCUAAACACAGAUGUGUAAACAGUACCAUAGCUUUUAGGAUGGGACUAAUGGAAGGACUAAAUAUAGAAGUUGACGUGAACAUCACAGUAAAUGACACUUUGAUGCGUUACUUCGACCAGUGCGAACGGUAUGUGAAAGAAGUGGAGAGUAACAAAAGCGCCUUGGCAGAGAUGAAACGUUUUCAUGAAGGCCCAGAGAUGAAGAGAGCAAUGGAGAAAAUGGCUGACAGACUGGAAGUCCCUUAUGCCAGCAUCACUGAUGAUUCAAUGGAAGCAGCAUUCUACCUUUGUGCUUAUGAAUUCACUAUUAAAGACUUGAACACACCCUGGUGCCAGUUGUUUGAUGAGUCAGAUGCACAGGUGAUGGAGUACGCUAAUGACCUUAAACAGUACUGGAAGAGAAGCUACGGACAUGAAAUCAACAGCAAGUCCAGCUGCAUCCUGUUUCAUGACCUCUUCAGUCGCCUUGACCGAAUUGAAGACCAGAUCAACACAAAAAGUUCAGUAUCAGAGGCUGUAAUGGUGCAGGUCGGCCACGCUGAGACUCUGAUUCCCCUCCUCACCCUUUUGGAUCUGUUUAAGGAUGAUACACCUCUCAAGUCAACUAACUUUGCCACCCAACAGAACAGAACAUUCAGAAGUGGCCACUUUGUGCCGUAUGCUGCCAACCUGUUGGUAGUGAUGUACGAUUGUUUGGAUGGGAUCAGAAUGGGGGUGCGACUCAAUGAAAAAUCUUUGACCUUGCCUGGACUGAGUGAUCCCGUCCCCUUGUAUAAGGAUGUGAAGAAGCGUUACAGUGCUCUGCUGAGUGGGUGUGACCAAGAUAUUGUGUGUAAAAUUUCAUAAAAGUAAAACUACCAUAUCUUUGAAAACCACCAGCCAGGCCAAUAGUGUUGCUGUGUAUAAUUCAGAAGUGGAUGAAACAGCUGCCAAAAAGAUAUAACACUUUGGGGUGGUUUGCUGGAGAGGGCUUAAGCCUAGUCCCAGAGUAAAAUUCGGUUUUAACUGAAGACUGUUUACACUGACAUCUCUUAAAUAUAUUAGUGCCAUUUUUUUUGUCUCAAGAUGCACACCAGUAAUGAUUUGUAAAAAAAAAUUACAUUUGUAAUAUUGAAAUGUUAAAGAUUAAUUGAUCUGAAUGGUUUUUUUUUCCGGACAGGGUUUAGGUUAAUCCAGUACUUGACCUUAUUUAUAUUAGGUCAUUUAAGAAGUUUUUAAAGACAUACCAUACAAAAAAAGUACAGAUGUGCAUCUUGAGACAAAACAGUUUCACAAUAUAUUUUAUUAUUAGUAAGGGCAAGGUGUUUUUAAAUUGAAGCAGCUCAAACAUGCAUUUUAGUCCGGGACACCGUCCCUAAAUGUCCACUUCAGUUUUAUGUGCAAUGAUCAUGGGCUGACAAAAAGGGCACAAAAUAACAAUUCAGUAUUAUUAGUUACAAGACUUGUAGUCUGCAACUAAAGUUUACUUGAUAUGGAAACUGGCUUUAUAUUUAUUUUGUAAGUUCAGCAAAAAAAGUUUGACCAAAUUCACUUUCACUUGAUUGAUAAUGCCUGUCACCUCAAAAUGCCUUACUGAUGCAGUACAGUAAGUUAUUGUAUUCUUUAAUCAAUCAAUAUAUAAUGUUUAUAUAUUCAGACCAAAGAUUUUUGUAACUGUACAAAUAAUAACAAUUGUUUAAUAACUGUAUAAUUGUUAGCAUAGCAUAGGCCUUUAUAUUAACACAUCUGUAACUCAGAUUAUAUUCGCAAAUGGAAUGUUUUAGAUUUAUCUCAAUAAGCAUGACUUGAAUUACAAGGCACAUGUACAUGAAUAAAUUUUUGAACCAAUUAAGUAGGCUUUGAGUUCAGUUAAUGUGUGAUUCCUGCGUAAUUUCCUGGAGUUUUUCUUUGUACCGCACAUUAUGUACCUCAUUUCUGAUGUAAAUCAUAAACCAGCCAGACAAUAAAGGGAUGCUUUACUGAUCA